AUGCUUUCGCAUCACUGGUGGGGCGAACUACUUUUGAAUGGCCAUUCGUUUGCAGAUCUCGAAAGUGCCUAUGGCGGUGAGAAUUAUUACUGGGCUCUCUCUCCGGUCGCGAAUGACUACAUAUUGUUCGAAUUUUAUUCGAUUAUUAAUUUGAUCGGUUUCGUGGUUCGCACAGGUAAUCCGGAACAUCCCAGUGACAUACUGAAUGGAAAUGCAGAAGUGUUGCUGAAGAAGCAGUACGAGCCUAAGCCCGUCUCCGUUGCACAGUUCAGUGAACGCGGUACUGUACGGAUUAGCUUCAACCAGCCCGUCAAGGUUGAA